GCUCACCCCCGAAUCGUCGAUCAUAAUAUUAAUUCCGGCCGCCUGGCGCUGCUUCUAUAUAGUAUAGACAAUCGCGGCGGCACUCCACUCCGAUCCUGCAAGCAAAGCACACACCGCCGGCCUAGCUACCUGAUCCGUCCAUGUCGAUCGAAGCAGUGUCAAUGGAAGCGGCGCCACGCCUACGCCUCGGCGCCGUCGUCGCGCUUCUCCUCUUCCUCGCCGUGACGCCCGCCGCUGCCCGCGGCGCCCCCGCCUCCGCCGUCCCGCCGCUGGUACUGGUAGCGCGCCUCCGCGCCUUCUCCGUCUCCCUCGACGAGGCCGGCGGCGGGUUCGCCGAGUGCUGGGACUCGCUGACGCGGCUGGGGUCGUGCACGAGCGAGAUCGUCAUCUUCUUCGUGAACGGCGAGUCGUACAUCGGGCCCGAGUGCUGCGUCGCCGUCCGCGGCGCCACGCGCCACUGCUGGCCCGCCAUGCUCGCCUCCGUCGGCUUCACCGCCGAGGAGGCCGACGUCCUGCGCGGAUUCUGCGACGCCGAGGAGGCUGCCGCCAAGGACAAGGGCCCUCCACCUUCCCACCCGGGCCCGGUCCCCGCGCCGGAGAAGCCGUAGGCCGUGUCGGGGUCCCCCAAUUUAUAGCUUGGUUUGGUUUCUAUACACGUCGUUUGCUAGAGCUGCUGAUGAAUAAUGUUGGUUCAGCCAA